AUAUAUUUAGCGCGCGUUGCGAGAUAAAUCACGGAGUUUUUCUGUUUUUUUGAAUUUCAGUUUCUAAUAUUUUCAAUGUUUUAUCAAAACUGAAGGUAUUAAGUGCAGGGAAAAAAGUGCGAUGAAUUUAAUAAUCAUUUUGUUUACGUGAUUUCUGAAACAUGGCGACUGACAAAGGCGGCAAAACGACAUGGAAAUCUUUUCUGUUUGCACACGAAGAUGUGGACAUUUUUAGAGACACUUCAAUCCGUUAUCUAGGAUAUGCAAAUGAAGUUGGAGAAGCAUUUAAGACCCAUAUUCCCAGGUCAAUAUACUAUGGUAGCUAUGUUGUAUCUUCAUCAUACUGCUUGGCGGAUGCGAUAAGUAAAGGCCGUCAAGUCUACAGAGAAGGUGAAGGUCACAUCCAGUCUAGUGUGCUAAGAAGACGUACUGUUGAAACAACGAUAGAAGCUGGUGUAUGGCAAGGACUAGCUUCUGUUGUCAUCCCAGGUUUUACAAUUAACAGGAUUUGUGUGUCAUCAAGAUUUAUAUUGAAGAGAGUGGCCAGGACAAUGCCAGUGACAACUCAGACAUGGAUUACAACUCUGGUUGGUUUAUCUAUGAUUCCAGUAAUCAUUAAACCAAUAGAUAGGGGAGUUGACUAUCUGAUGGAAGGAACACUUAACAUGUUACGUGAAAUGGGUGUUGUGUCCAAGCAUACUGAUGUUGAUUGACAAUUAUUUUUUUUUAUUGACUUGUAAUUUUUAAUUGACUUAUUUAU